UCCCCUCCAGCUCUCCGUACUCCGCUCCGCCCCGCCCCCCUCCUCAGUACACGUAGUCAGUGUGUGUUGGAUGUCUGAGUGGCCAGCAUGGACCGGGACGGGAUGAAGCACCGGGACGGCCGCCCGGAGAUGAGCGGCUACAACGUCUAUGAACAAGAGAACGAUAGGCUGACCGAGAGCCUCCGCCUCAAAGCGAACGCUCUGAAGUCACUUUCCAUUGAUAUUGGUACAGAAGUGAAAUACCACAAUAAGUUACUGGGGGAGAUGGAUUCAGACUUUGAAACCACAGGCGGUAUCCUGGGCUCCACGAUGGGCAGACUGAAAGCCCUCUCCAGAGGCAGCCAGACCAAACUUCUUUGCUAUAUGAUGCUUUUUGCUCUCUUUGUCUUCUUUGUCAUUUAUUGGUUUGUGAAGCUUAGGUGAUGAUUUUGUAUAUAUUUUUUAAUUAAAUAUUGUGCCACUGUUGCAA